GCAAGAUUCUGCUUUUCACGUGAUGCUUUACACACUUCCUCAGAGGGGCCUUUUUCAUUUUAAACUAAUGGCAGUUUAAUUGACAAGACAAGUUGGCGGAUAACAGGCUAAGCCAAACUGGAUUUAAACAUUUCUAAAGGAAUAGCUACAAAGAACAUCUAAAACUGGAUCCACCAAGUCCAACAGGACCUGCAGUCCAAAUUUUGGAUUUGUGGGAGGUUUAUGAAGAUGAAGUAUCUGGACGGAGGUUUUUUGUAAAUUCCAUCACCAAAGAAAAAACUUGGAAACCACCCCGAUUAACAGUAAAUAAGGAACCCAAGGAUGUCACAAUGAGCUCUUCAGUUAAAUCUCCAGCAGAUAAAUUAAGCUCAAACCACCAAUCAGGUGCUGUUCAAAUGAGAAUUAAGAAUUUAACAGCAAAUUAUGAUCGACUGAGCCAAACAAAAUCGAUGGUUCUUGUUGAACCAGAACAGUCAUUACGACCAAUUUCUCGUCAUAGAAGAAAUCAUUCACAGCAUAGCAUUGCAGACAUUUCUGCUGGAAACCACAUUGCCACUGAAAAAGGAGAAUAUUUGAACAAAGCUAAAAUAGCAGAUGGUGGCAAAAAGCUGAGGAAAAACUGGACCAGCACUUGGGUUGUGCUUGAUGGAAAGAAGCUGCUGUUUUACAAAGAGAGCAAACAGCAAGCUCUUACGAAUUUGAAACCAGGAUGCAAGCCAGAAAGCGUUGACCUCUGUGGAGCACAGAUUGAAUGGACCAGUGAAAAGUCUAGCCGGAAAAAUGUUUUUCAGAUCACCACCACUUCAGGCAGUGAGUUUCUCCUUCAAUCUGACAAAAAUGCUACUAUAUCUGAAUGGUAUGAAGCCAUUAAAUUGGAAAUUGAAAGUCAGUCAAAGGGUAUGGGUGGAAAAUGUUUGCCAUCUGGCAUCUGUAAAUCCUCAAGCACUGAAUAUGUGAACAGGUGUGGAGCAGAAUCUCCUCCUGCCAAGGAAUCUAAACCAGAGCACAGACGAUCACUGAUAUUUAAACUGAACUACAGCGCCUCUGACAGUGAUAAGAAUGGAGUAAAAAAUCGACUAAAAAAAUUUAUAUCCCGGAGGCCAUCAAUGAAAACUCUUCAAGAGAAGGGCAUCAUUAGAGAUCAAGUCUUUGGCUGUCGUUUGGCUACAUUGUGUGAACGUGAAGGAAGUACAGUCCCAAAGUUUGUAAAACAGUGCCUUGAAGCUGUAGAAAAAAGAGGCCUGAAAGCAGAUGGCAUUUACAGAGUGAGUGGCAAUUUAGCCAUUAUUCAGAAGUUGCGUUUUCUAAUCGAUCAAGAAGAGAAGCUGAAUUUGGACGACAGCCAGUGGGAGGACAUCCACGUUGUCACCGGAGCGCUCAAGAUGUUUUUCCGAGAGCUGCCAGAGCCACUUUUCCCAUACCGCUUCUUUGAGCUGUUUGUAGAGGCAAUCAAAAAACGUGACUACAGGCAGAGAGUUGAGUCUAUGAAGAAGUUGAUACGGCAGCUCCCAAAACCCAAUCAUGACACAAUGAGGGCUCUUUUUCAACAUCUUCAAAAAGUCAUCCUCCAUUCUUCCAAAAACCUCAUGUCGACCCAAGGCUUGGGCAUAGUGUUUGGACCAACUCUCCUGUGGCCGGAAGUUGACAGUGGUAACAUGGCUGUGAACAUGGUCUACCAGAAUCAGAUAGUCGAACUCAUUCUAACAGAAUUUACUGAGAUCUUUGGACCUGAUCACUGAAGCACUUGUUGGACUCUUUAUUAUCUUUAAAUAAGCCAUGCUUAUUUACACAUCAGUUGUUGGCAUCUGCAGACGUGUGCUCAUGUAGUUCAUAUACAUAUUUCUACCGAUCGUGUAGCUGUUAAAUCCCACAUUGUUACACGUUGUACACAGUCUGAUUUGCCACUUCUGAUUUGAUUUUGUCCUUAAUUAAAAGUCAUUAUCUUUUUUGGAUGGGUUUUAAGAAAAAGUCACAGUGAUUGAAGUGUGUGGUGCUUUGUUUUUGGUGCAAGGUGUGUCAACAGGCAAAAUUAUCAAAGCUUUCCACUUUCGUAUAUACUGUACAUACUGAGUAUCAUCUAGAGUUGAGUUUUCUGUCUGCAUAGUUAAGACUUGUAAAUUAAAAUGAAGUGAUAAUUAGUAUGAAGUUCCUACAAAACAAACAUUAAUUUGUGUAUGUUGCCUUCUCUGCAACUGUACAUAAGCAAUAACUAGACAUAUUUCUGCUGUAAAGAACUAAAAGGCAAAAUACUACAUACUUCAGACAUUAAAUUCACUUGUUUUAAAAUUGAUAAAUACAUAUUUUGUAUAAUUCAUGUAUUGCCUAUAUUUUUAAGUAGAUGAACACACAUGUUUUAAUUCUUUUGAAAUAAAUAUUUUUUGCCUUGCAAAGGACUUUUUUUUAUGUAUUGCUCAAUGUAUAACAAUUUCUUAAAAUCAAGAUCGACUGAUAUAUCAGGGUGUUGGAAAAUAAAAUCUUAAUAUUGUGCAGCUUAAUUAUUUUCAUGCAGUGUAGCUGGCAGAGAAGAGAUGGCUGUAUCUGUUUACCAGCUCAGAGUUGAGUUAAUGUUAUGGUAUCAGCUAAUGACAGUCAGGAAUAAAUUUCACAUAGGAGUUUAAAAAAAAAUCAACACUUUAAAGAUGGGAUCACUUUAGGCUUUUCUGUUUCUAAAGAGCCCUUUGGUAUUUCUGAACUAUUGGAGCUCAAGGUUCAACCCUGCUAUUUGGGCUGUGAAAAGGCUUAGAACGUGAGUUGAAAACUGUCCAUAGAAACUUGGCGUAUAGACAUUAGCAUUUGGCUAAUUCAUGUUGGCUGCAUUUAGAGACCACUAUUGUUGAAUAUGCAACUGCUCAGACAACACAACUGGGUAUGAUAGGCUUAAUCCAGCCUCUGACACUUUGGGAAACUGCCAAAGACAGAGACUCUGCUUGCACCUGUAUCCAUUUACAAUUUGUUUCAAUUGUUAGUUAACAAAGAUCGACAAAUGUAAAGCAUAAAAUUUGAAGUGCAUUAUUUCAGGUAUUUGCGUACUUCUAAAUAGACUCAAUUGAGCUGUGGCAUAUUGGGGCAGACUUGAAAGACUGCCAAUGAAGCUCACAGUAGGUUUAUGGUUCAAGAAGCAUACCUCUGACAUUUUGUACAUGUUAAAUAAGGUGUAAGAAUUCUUUUUAGUCUAAUAAAUAUGAUAAAAACAUGGAAAAAUGUUAUGUUUCUGAAAUAAACAAUUUGUUAUAAUUGA